UAGAGGUCAUUGCUGAAGCUCUUAGCCUCUUAUUGCAGGGAGCCGAAUCCUCUGCGAAAGUGCGAAGUCCCCCAUAACUUUUUGGCGGGAAAGUAUUGCACAAGAGAAAGUUAGGGUUUUCAAUUUAGUAGCUCACACUCCAAAGUUCUUGGUUCUCGAUUAAAGCUUCAUCAAUGGAAGGCAGCGAAAGUGAGGCAGUAUUCAAUUCUCUAAAUCUGAAUCCCCAGCUUUUCAUCAACGAAACUCUCAACACCGUCGACGAUUUGGUCGAUGACGCCUUCAAUUUUUAUCACCAACAAGCGUCGACACUUCUUAAAACUGACGGCAGCGAGAGGUUCGACGAUCUGAGAAAGGGAGUGGAUCACAUUCGCAACAUGAUUCGAUGGUCUUUGGAUAAGCGGCUUGGCAUGUGGGAGAAGUAUUGUCUUCAUCACUGUUUCACAGUACCAGAGGGCUUUUCCUUACACAAAAGCAGUGAGGCUAAUGGGGAUGCUUCGUUGCUUCAAGAUGCCCUACAAGACCCAGAUCUUGAUGCACAGUUGGAUUCCUUGAGGGCGAAGCUUAUGACGGUUAGAGAGGAGUCAGUUGAUCUAAGUCGGGAGCUCCGAGCAUUAGAAAGACAGUCUGCUUCAAGUGAUCAUUGCACUGGACUUGUCAAUGAAGUGUUACAGCUGUGUGAUGAGAACUCUAUGCAUGACAAGUUCCAAGACAUGGUUAGGGCUGCAUCCGAACUUCGUAUGAAGAUGGGGAAGCUGAAGACCAGGAAUGAAGACAUAGAUCAUCAUAGAACUGAGAAGAUUUACGACCCAAAUGGAGAUUCGUCGACAGCGUCCCGUGGCAAGGGCCUCUCCAGUUUAAAGUUGGAAGAUCUUCAAGGAUUCCUAGCUGAUUUGGAAAAUAUGUGAGCUACUGAGCUUGAUCUUGCAGUUCACGACUUCUGUAGUACUUGUUACAACUAUUAGUUAGUUCUCUCAUGCAAUCUAUCAAUAUUUAGUUCGGAUUGUGCCAUACAGAUUUCUUGGAUUGAAAUAUCGUAUCUUAUCAUAUAAUAUAAAUUACUUGACAUUC